AUGAGAUCACCAUUGUCGAUGAAUGAGAAAUAUGAUCUCUUAAUAACGGAUGUGGCUCAUAAUGAAUUUGAAUCAAUACCAGAUGCAUUGAACAAAACAACGUUAGCAAUACAAAGGACAAAUAGAGAUUUUCAUGGUGCUAUGAAAUUCUACCAAAAUAUGACCGAUUCAACAUGGAGAUACUUUGUUUCAUCGUACGAAAUCUUAACAUAUGAUAUUGAAAUACAUUGGAAUUGGUAUUUACCUUCAGUAAUCGUUGACAAUGAUGACAUGACGUCACCUACUAUCGAUGAUAAUGGUACUGCUUAUAUGUCAAAAGCUUUUCAACUAACAUACAUGCCUUCAUGUCAUUAUACAUUAACAUUGGUUUUGAAUGAGAGAAUAUGGGUUAUAUUCAAUGUUGGUAUUUUUCAAGCAACGGUUUUUACCAAAGAAUGA